GUCAAUGUCAAAUGUCAAUUUGACCAUUACAAUUUUGGUGAACUACCUUGCUAUUUUCGUUUUGCAGUACUUUUUCUAACUCUGCUAUUGUGAAGUGCUUGAUUGUCAUAAAUCUUGUAGAUCUAUGUUCACUUGCUUCAUUAUGAACAAUAUGAUUUCACGUGUCGCUGCUAAACAGUGCGUAACAUUGAGAGCAGUCACAAAUGUUACACGCCGUAGUUUUGUUUCCAAAAUCGACGAUGCUAGCACCCAUACAGGCCAGAAAUGGGAAUCUGAUGACUACAGAUUGGCUCGGUUCAUGAAUGCCCCUAAACAAGUUAAUCCUAACUGGGCAGUUAAUUUGAUAGCAGAAGUACCACCAAAACAAGUUACUGAAAGAGUAGUAUGGUGCGAUGGAGGAAGUGGCCCUGAAGGACACCCACGAGUUUUCAUUAAUCUGGACAAGCCUGGGGACCAUUCUUGUGGAUACUGUGGUUUACGAUUUGUAAAAAAAGAUGGUCAUUAAUGGACGAAAAUUGAUAUGAAGGGUAAAAUUACAUUAUAGAUGUUUCAUAAUUUUUGUUUCCUAAGAAUUACUUUGUUAUAGUAGUUGUUGAAAAUAAAAGGAUAAAACCUUUUUGAA